UAAUCACAACUAUUUUCGGGGUGCAGGAAGCUCAGCAACACGAGUGAAAAAUACAUGUGAAACUUAACAGGGUUACAAAGCUGUAGAUGCUCAGUUCGCUUUUCCUGAACUCAACUGCGGUUUUUAUUUUUCCUUUAUAUGUUUACUACGUCUGUUGCAGGUAUAGUAUAGCAUGCGGAAAGCAGUUUCGUUGUUGCAAACACGCGUUUUCCGUCGAGUCAAAUGAAAUUUGCAUUGGACUUCCUUAAGCCUUUUUUCCCAUAGGUGAUUAUGCUUGCUGUGAAUAAGAAAGCACUGGCUAUUUUGCUGGUGGUCUUGCCACUCUUAUUCAUUUUUAUUCACCACUGGGGCUCAGGGUCCGUUACCUCAAUUGACAUUCAAGGAAAAGAUUCUUUAAAAGAGCUUCUGGAGAAGAGGACACAGCAGGCGAAAUAUGUAAAUGACAAUAUUCCUUACAGCAUCAAAGACAGCAUCUCAAAAACUCUUGCCAUUAAUGGAUGUGUCUGUGAAAGCAACAAACCACCCAUCAAUUUACCCUUUGCUCAGCUACUGUUCCCUCAGGUAUCAGCUACCCAGCUACAUACCAUGUUACAAGAAUCGGACCUGCCAAGAGCAAAACAAUAUAGAGAUAAGGAGUACCAGAGCUUCCGUAAGAGGACUUAUACAGCUGCAGAUUCGCUGAUCUUAGCUGAAGCCAACAGCCCUCUUCAGUACCCUACUCAAGGUGUGGAGGUUAGACCGACAAGGACUAUUCUAAUCCCAGGUUUGAGUCUAAAGGAAAUAUCCAGAGAGGGUCCCUAUGUGGUGGAUCUAAUUGCAACAAUGGGAACAUUUGAUACUUCAGCGCUGGUGAAUGGAGUGCAAAUCAGUGGAGAAGGAGAGUUGCACAUUACUUUUGUGAGCGAAUCGCUGGCUUUGCUAAACAGACAGCUGCAGUUUGUCACCUACACAAACACACUGUUUCACCCCAACACAGCAGAUGUAGUGCAAUUUGAAACGCCUGGUUUCAAAGCAACAUUUACUAUUAGGAUCAGACAUCCACCAAUGCCUAGAUUCUUCAUCCCCGGACCCAAAAAAGACUACACUGUCAGCAAUCUGGUCACCAUUGCUACCAAAACAUUUCUACGCUAUGAUAAACUUCAAGAUUUGAUCGACAGCAUUCGACAGUUCUACCCCACUAUAACUAUAGUUAUAGCUGAUGACACCAAAGAUCCAAAACCUGUAAAAGGCCCUUACAUUGAACAUUAUCUCAUGCCAUUUGGGAAGGGCUGGUUUGCUGGUCGAAACCUGGCCGUCUCUCAGGUGACAACCAAGUAUGUGCUUUGGGUGGAUGAUGAUUUCAUUUUCACCUCAAACACUAAACUUGAAAAAAUGGUGGAUAUUUUGGAGACAACCACUUUGGACCUGGUGGGAGGUGCAGUCAGGGAAGUGACUGGAUACACUACCACCUAUCGGCACAUCGUCACCACAGAUCCAGGUGAUAAGGAGGGAGACUGCUUACACAUGAGGAAUGGAUUUCAUCAUGUUAUCGAGGGAUUUCCCAAUUGUGUGGUUGCAGAUGCUGUCAUUAAUUUUUUCAUGGCUCGCACAGAGAAAAUACGACAAGUGGGUUUUGACCCACGUCUGGCUCGGGUUGGUCAUUUAGCAUUUUAUAUCGAUGGGCUUGGCUCCCUCCAUGUGGGCUCUUGUGAUGAUGUCAUCGUUAGUCACGCAUCAAAGAUCAAGGCGAUGUUGCCAUGGGGACAGUCUGAUACUGACAAAGCCUAUGCGGCUUUUCGCUAUCCAUCCUCAGGAGAGCAAAAUGUAAAUGAGUAUGAUCUUUACUAUCUGAAGAACCAUUUUAAAUGUGUCACUAGUGAUUAGAUAUCUGCAUGGCAGCCACUCACUAAUGGAAACAUGAAAAUGACAGACAAAAGGGGGCACAUAAAAGUAGAUCUAAAGCAUCAAUCAAAUUCACUUUUAUGGAGACAACAUACUUUCUUGGGCAGGUGUGAAAUUUUCAUUUUUGGGUAAACCAUCCCUUUAAAGCCAUAAGCAUGCAGUAUUUUGCGGAAAAUGUUAGGGUGAAUUGCCCUAAAGUGAGACACUGCCUCGUGGGACAACUAAGGUCUAGGGUUUGUAGGCCC